AUGGUUAACCCACCGCUUACAGACAAGCUCGUCUACCAGACUUUUCAAGGCAUCUUUGUCGGAGAAGACUCCCACAUUCGCAAACUGAAAGCCGUUCGCAAACUAAUUCAGAAGCAUUAUCAAAAGCCUGAUAUCAAAGUCAGAGAGCUCACUAUGAAAUAUGGCCUCAACAGCGUUGGCGAGGUGGCCAAGACCUUGUUGGAAGACCAGAUCUUUAGUUCAAGCGCGAAGGCAAGACUGCGGUUUCCUGAUCUCUUCGAGGUGGCCCCAAUUCCAAUCAAUCAACCAACCACAUCUGUACCUAAGGUUACAGCGGAUAAAGUAGAAGUUCCCAAGAGUGUGGAGAAGAAACCAUGCGAACCUGUUCAAGCGAUCGUUGAGACUACACCUCCAGUACCGGAAGUUACACAACAAUCUUACACACGGGAGAAAGUAGCUACACAGACGCUCGAUACCGUAUGCUUACCGCUCUGGGAUCAGCAUCGAAUUCUUGUUCGAGUCCAAUACGCCCUUGAAAGGGCCUGUUUCACCUUCGCACAGGAACGGCUAGGUGGUAUCUUGCAGAAAGAAGGCUGGGAUUGCGCCGAAGCAGUGGAACUCAAUCGAUGGCCAAAAGUCCUACUUACUUACCAGAAAGAGUGUGGUCUGAAUAGUGCGCAGGAGGUUGGUAAGCCUUUACCUAGUCUCCUAGACUCAAUUGUUCAGCUACGACAUGACGCCGUUCAUCGAGCUCGUCUUACUUCGAACAAACUCUUAGAGCGUCUUGCCGAUGCUGUAGUACUGGCGCGACUCAUACAGGACGAUAGGUGCAUCAACCUCAUCUCCACUAUACGACAGAAGACUCAGCAUGCUAUCGAAGAGUUGGUGAGCGACAAAGCUUUACUGAACCGUAAAUUGGGCAAAAUCAAAACUACGUUUGCGGAAAAGAGGGCUGAAUUGGAUCGUCAAGAAGCUUCGUUGCUAGAUAACACAGUCAAAGAGCAUCAAGAACCCAUGAUCUCUGUGAGCGGAAGCCUAGAUCUAUUGUAUGAUAGCCUUGUUGGCGGUACCGAUGCGAUUCAGGCUUUAUGGAGAGAUCGGUCUGACACUACUCUAUCUGAAGACAAGUCUUCCGAAUCUGAUGCUACCUAUGAGCCGGCUAAAGAAAAGCCGAAGAAGGCCAAGAAAGGAAAAAAGGCCGCUAGGGAGGCGGUCAAACAAGAGGAAGAAGCGGAAGAGAGAGCAAUUGAAGAAGCCAAAUUCAAUGAUGAGCCUACAGUUCAAGGAGAUUUGGGAGAUGGUACCGCCGAAGGUGUUUAUAAAGAUAUCGAGCUUGCUGAACAACUACCUGUACUCCCUGUACUCGCUCCGACUGGCGACAGUGGCUCUAUCCAACCAGCUCUCACCAGCGAGAAGAAGGGAGCUGAGAAGGAUGAAGCAGAGGAUCCAUUGGAGGCAGAACAUUAUUUCGACUGUCCGGAGGCUGUACUUGACGGCUAUGACAGCGAUAUGAAGCAUCCCUUGGAAGAUUCACCACUUGAGUCGCAUGCUGCGGUCACAGACACGACGAACCUGACUAGCGAAGGGAGAAGCACGUUGGAGGUAGCAGUCACAUCCGAACCAACUGACGCGAAUGCUCUAGAAGACGAGAGUAGUUUUCUCAGUGAGCAGAGUACCAACCUCGGUUCUACUUGUGUUGGACACACUGAUAACAACGCCGAAAAAGGCCACACAAAGUCUCGUGUAGAAGAAGAUAUGUCUGCUGGAAACGGUGCCAUGGAUCCUGAAGCAAUCCCAGAUCAGCCUGAUGCUACUAGGGGUCAGUCGAAUGCUUUGACAGUGAUCAAGUCUUGGGGAGAAGGGCAGUGGCCUGGUUCAGUUUGUAUCAAAUCUCUGAAUGAUGACCCAAGACUGACAUCGCUUCCUACCGCGAAUGAAAAAGGACAUGUGACGCUGGUUUCGAUGCUGGAGGAUAUUGAACCCGCUGUUUGA